AUGCUUAAUUUGAGCCAUGGCCUGGGAAUAAACACCACACUCCAAGGUUCGGAUCGGCCUUUUGGAUCCAUUUCCACACGGGGAGAAGGGCACGUUGUGGAUCCUUCUGAAAGCCCAUCGUUCGAUACCUCUUACGCAACCUUGCAUUCCACUGCAGAAAAGUGGAGAAUUUACCCCGUCGCAUUCUUCGCCGAGGGACUGUCCAAGACGAUACAGGUCUACGCAGGAGCUUGCUAG